AUGCCACCAAAGGCAAGGGCACCAAGCUUUGGAUCACAGGAUUACUGGGACCAACGCUUCACUAAGAACACGGCUCCUUUCGACUGGCUCUCGGCGCCAGAUGCUCUGGAUCCAUUGAUCAGCGAAGCACUCGAGUCUUUAGACAAGGUUGAACCUCAAAUCCUGCACAUAGGCUGUGGAUCUUCACUGUUAUCGCAACAUCUGAAGGUCCACGUUCAGAAUGCUCAACAGGUGCACAACAUCGAUUACUCCAAGGUGGUCAUAGACGCGGAGAGAAAGCGCGAAUUAGACUCAGCGAGCCGGAGCAUAGACGCAUGCACCAGAUGGGAUGCCGUAGACCUCCUAGAUUAUGUCUCGCUCCUCAGAAUCUGCGAUACUAGUACUUAUUCUAUCAUUGUCGACAAGUCAACUUCAGACGCCAUCUCGUGCGCUGACGACGUCGUGUGCCGUCUACCGUACGCCGUCACCACCCAAGAAUGUACGACUUCGGCUACAGUGAUAGAUGUCGAGCUGAAGGAGCUGCCGGUACACCCAUUGUAUCUUAUGGCCGUCCAUUUGGCUCUUGUAGCGAAGCCUGGCGCGAAAUGGAUUGCUCUGUCGUACAAUGCUGAGAGGUACCCGUUUCUUAAAGGUAAAGCGGCAGAAACGGAAGACGACGGUACACCUUACACUGGCAUUCCGGAUCCUAGACUUAUGUGGACUGUAGUGGGCAAGCAUCAGAUUGAAGCGAAAGAGCGGGAAGCCGGUGGCAGAGUAACGCAAAGACCAAAGUUGUACCACUGGGUGUACGUUUUGCAACGGACCUCGACCCCCCUUUUUUACAUGUCAUAA